AUGUCGGUGCCGUACAAGAAUUCACUCUAUCUCUGGCUUUGCGCGCAACCUGACGAUUUCGACCCAGGAGCGAGCACAAUAAGACUAACACCAUCGCAGAAGGCGGAGUGGCAGCAGCUCGCCGAUUCAGCCUACUUUGGUUGGAGACCUUCAGAUUCGGGCUUCAGGACCCUCGAUCGAAACAUCCCGUAUAUUAUCGGAGACCGCGAAAUCCGUGUGACUUAUCGGGCGAAGACCGACCCUCCUAGUGCAGGUCUCGGAGCACUCAAUCGGCUCCCCAUUGAGCUCCUGAAUUCUAUUAUCUCGUCACUUGACAUAUCUACUCUUGACCGGUUCAAAAGAGUGAACAGGCGGGCUUUCGAGAUCGUCAAUGCGCAUCCGGAAUUUCACGUCAUGAACUCGCAAGCGCAUGAUACCCUACGCGGGCUGCGCGCCAUCAAAACAAGCCAUAUGAUCACCGUUCAAGUCCUCUUUGAAAAGCUCUGCACCAGCAAGUGUGAGGACUGUGGCGACUAUGGCGGAUACAUUUAUCUUUUGACUUUUCAGCGGGUUUGUUGUCGGUGCUUCACGGAGCAAGACCGAUAUUGGCCACUACGAGAGAUUGACGCUUUGAGAACGUACGGCCUUACUCCGGGAAUCCUGCGCACUUUGCCUCGUUGUCAAGGCUACCCCGGCUACUACGAGAAUGAAUCCUUCUACAGGAACAGGCAGGGCUAUCUGUCUUUGAUAGACCGCCAGUCUGCGUACCGUGCAGGGGUCGCUCGCCAUGGCUCGCUUCAAGCCAUGAAGGAGUACGUGGCGAACGUAGACUCCAACCUCUGGGCACAAUUCGAGAAAGAAAUCGAAAAACGCGAGAAGCAAUUGGCGGCAGAGAGGGUAGUGAAGGUCCGCAACAAGAUUGCCCAGAAAGUGACUAAGAUCAGGAAACGGAACGCUUAUAAAGAGAAGGUCCUGACAAGGAGGGAAGAACGACAAAGGAGAAUGGCACAGUUCUCUCUAUGCCAUGACCCAGCACAGAUUGAGGAUGCCAAUGACGUGGGUGAUGAAACUGACAACGAAAGUAUCAGCACCCUUGACGAUACGGACGAAGACACCAGCAGCGAUAGAUAUGAAAUUUUCUCCCACAUAGCGGAGACCGUGUCCUGGAGCACCGGGGAGUGUAGCGGACACGCCUUGGAGCCGCUUCGUUACAUGGCAAUGAUGCGGGUGCCUUGGCUGAACAGGCAAAACGGGAGGGAUGAAUGGGGGUUCCAUUGCGUUGGGUGCGAGCAAAAUCAGCGGUGGCCGAACCAUGCUAGACGCGACUACAUCAUGUCAACGUUCAAGGACCAUCUCAAGGAAUGUGGUCCGGUCAAGGAAGGGGUGCAUCACAUCAACGAUUGUUGCAAGAAAGGCACCUGCGUUGGAAGGGAGAAAAUUAUAUCUUCCCCGUUUGAUGACCCAUUCUGGCGGUGCUGACAUGGUCCAUGACGAGUCUCCCGAUGCCGAAACUCAGGGGAAAUUCUGGCACUGUUACCAUCUGCGUGUCCGCCGCUGCCUCGGAGCGGUCGCCAUAACGGUCAUCGCACAGACGAUCGACAAAGCUCAACCGGUGAGGCAUUUAAUGCCAGUUUUCUUAGGCAGAACUGUUUGAGUGUCCCUAGUCGACGGAUGCCAACCACUGAAUCACUUGCGCUCUCGGGGGAAAAUGGUGAUGGUUCGCCCAGCAGCUACAGUACCUUAAGAUUAGUGUCGAUGUUCUGUCGUUCCACAGCAGUUGAGUAGAUUCUGACCAGCCUCCCAACCGGUGAGGCAUUUAAUGGACCAGUAAGGCGCAAACUGUGAAGGCUCUCGAUGUACGGAGUUACACAACCUAACCAUCC